UCCCUUCCCCAAUUCCCCAAUAAAAUCUUUAAGAAAAACAAAAAUUAUCCUUUUAUCUGGAAAGAAUGGAUUUGUUGUUUUCUGGGUUCAGAAAAUGUAAAAAGUGGAGGCAAUGCAGAAUUAAACGUUGAGUUUACUUUUGAUCCACAUCUGAUACUUCUGUAGGGCUCUGACCCUCUGCAAGAGACCAAAAGAGCCUUCAAAAUGAGUGGAGACGCCCACAACCUGUGAACCAAGUUCUCCGCCAGCCACCUGUUACCGAACAGAGGAGGGUCUGUACUUCGUUGCGGUAGUUAUCCCGACAAUACGGCCGUGAGCCUCCCGGCCGCUCGCUUCCCCCACCCCAGGUGCGCGUCCGCGGAGACCCAGCGCGGCUCCCGCGCAGGCGCGCGGGGGCGACGUUUCUCCGUGGCUGUGCUUCGCUGCGGGUGCUGCCGUGUCCCCGCGUGGUUCCCUCCUAGCUUCUUCUCCCACUCGCCCCGCACCCAGGGUCUCCGCUGCCCCUUCUCCGGUCCGUCUCCAUUCCCCGGCCAGGCCAAGCCGGGCGCGGCCCCGACCCUGUGACCCCGCGUUGCACCAUGCCCGAGCAAAGUCCCCGGGGGUGUGAACCCCAGCGUUCCUGCCCCUGGGCGGGGACGGGCGGCGGCCUUGCGGGGAGCCGAGGUGGCGAGCGCGCAGUCGGCCCAGUUCUGCGGCUCCGGCCCGGGCCCCGCAAGUCCCCCAGGAACUGCCGCCGCAAGCCCCGGCGCUGUUCAGCGCCGCCGCCAGGCCCGCCCGCUGCUCCCCUCACAGGCCGCCGCCGCAGCCAUGGCGGAAGUUCAUAGACGUCAGCAUGCCCGGGUUAAAGGAGAAGCCCCCGCGAAAUCCUCCACACACAGACAUGAGGAGGAGCUGGGGAUGGCGUCGGCCGAAACGCUGACCGUGUUCCUGAAGCUGCUGGCUGCCUGCUUUUACGGCGUGAGCUCCUUUCUCAUCGUGGUGGUCAACAAGAGCGUGCUCACCAAUUACAGAUUUCCCUCCUCGCUCUGUGUUGGACUUGGCCAGAUGGUGGCUACAGUGGCAGUCCUCUGGGUGGGAAAGACGCUCAGAGUAGUCAAGUUUCCUGACCUUGACAGUAAUGUACCUCGGAAGACGUUUCCACUACCUCUACUAUAUUUUGGGAACCAAAUCACGGGACUGUUCAGCACAAAGAAACUGAACUUGCCAAUGUUUACAGUUCUGAGAAGGUUCUCCAUACUGUUUACAAUGUUUGCUGAAGGAGUUUUACUCAAGAAGACUUUUUCUUGGGGUAUUAAGAUGACUGUAUUUGCAAUGAUUAUUGGAGCCUUUGUAGCUGCCAGCUCUGACUUGGCAUUUGAUCUGGAAGGAUAUGUUUUUAUUUUGAUAAACGAUGUCCUGACAGCAGCAAAUGGUGCAUAUGUAAAACAAAAAUUAGAUUCAAAGGAGCUGGGAAAAUAUGGUCUGCUCUAUUACAACGCACUGUUCAUGAUUCUGCCCACCCUGGCCAUUGCAUAUUUUACAGGAGAUGCACAAAAGGCAAUGGAUUUUGAAGGCUGGGCUGACACCCUCUUUCUUCUGCAGUUCACCCUCUCUUGUGUGAUGGGGUUUAUCUUAAUGUAUGCCACGGUGCUCUGCACUCAGUAUAAUUCUGCUCUGACAACUACAAUAGUUGGCUGUAUUAAGAAUAUACUAAUAACUUAUAUUGGAAUGGUCUUUGGUGGAGAUUAUAUUUUCACGUGGACAAACUUCAUUGGCUUAAAUAUCAGCAUUGCUGGGAGCCUGGUGUAUUCCUACAUCACUUUCUCUGAAGAGCAGCUGAGCAAACAGUCAGAGGCCAGUAACAGGAUGGACAUUAAAGGGAAAGGAGCAGUAUGACCAGAGGCUUGCUUGGACGAUGGAGGCCCAAGUGUUGGAUCAACUCGGAACACUGGCAAUUCUUACAGAUACUGAGGGGUCUUGAUAUGGAGAAAAUACCAUUCCUUUGCACUUACACAAUCUGAGGAUUGAUUGCUGCCUUUUAAUAUUUUAUGAGAGAAACUUAUAAUUGACUCUAUUUUAAAUAUGCCAUUUGAAUUAAUUUAUAUCAGACUG